GUUAAUCCCCUCCUAAAACAACACCACGCAUCAAAGGCGUACCGGCGGUCGUCGUCCUGCGAAUGGAAAAAUUCGAGGGGUCGUCGUCCUGAGAAUACCCCAUAUUGAAUGGCCCUCGUAUAUUUUUAGGAUUACCGGCUUGCCCGGCCCGGCCCGGCCCGACCUUAAGGCAAUCCAAUAUUUUAGUUAUUGAUGUCAGAAACGGCUGUGUGUACACAUGCUGUAGCUUAUCUGAGCGUCGGAUUUCUCCGGCUAGAAGAGUAAUGGCUGCUAUACAGAUGUUCAGUACAAAACGUCUGAUAUAUCUACUUAUUGCCCUUCUGACCACAUCCUUGUUCUUACUGUGGGACAGAUAUGACGAAUUUCAAAUCUUACCAGAGCCCCCAUACCGUUCAAGAACUGGAAGCCAAAAGCAAACUCACUUAGUGGAAAUACAAAUAUUUCCAGAAAUAAACGAUACCGAAAUAAAUGAUAUAAAUAGUCAUGCGUCCGCAAUAACCUCAAAGAUGUCACUCGUUGAGUCAAAAGUUGUGUAUGCACUAAAUGAAACAAUCAGUUUGAAGAUUGUGCUAUUUGACCAGAGGAAUAGACCAAAAACCCGAGGUGGCGAUUUGCUUAUUGUAUGGAUGCGAGACAAAAGUAAGGGAGCUGCUUCAGCCGGAACUGUUAUUGACCAUGACAACGGGACAUAUACUGGUGUUCUGCGGAUCUUGUGGACCGGACAAGCUGUCAUCCGUGCAGCGAUAUUAUCUUCGAGAGAAAAAAUGGCUUUUGUAUACAGGGAAUUAAACAAUGGAUAUACAGGAAAGAGAAUCGAAUGCUUAUUUAAUGUGAACAACUUAACAGAGUCGACCUCUGGAUACAUGGAUAACAGAUUUUUGAAAAUGGGUGAAAUUUGUAAUUUAACAGACAAACAUUAUGGUGUUCCAUUGUAUUGUUAUAAACCUAAGAAGAAAGGAAUCCAGUGCAGCGACUGGACAGGGGUCACUUCAGAAACGAUUUUGCCUUUUCCAGCCAGGCCUAACACCAAAUGGUAUCUUUCGUCAGCCGGCCCAGGGAUUCUUCCAGGCAAUGUCACAGUGACCGUUCCUUCUGCAACAAACACAAGUAUGACUUCACAGAUCCCUUGCACCAGGACAACCUUCAAGACAACCUGGCUGUCAAAACCUGUUGGUUUCUUUUACAACUUCACGUGGAACCCCUUGUCAUGUAUUAAUAAUAUAACUGUCAAAGACUAUGACCGCUGUCUAGCCAACAGGACUCUUAGAAUGUUUGGUGAUUCCACUGUAAGACAGUUAUUCAGUUUCUUGAUCAAACAUCUAAAUCUAACUUGGAGAAUUGGACCAUGGCAAACCGCAGCGAACUUUGUACCUACAGACAAAUGGUAUUCCUAUUCCGAGGCAUACAAAAAAGGUUUUAACUAUACCGUCUUUUGGUCCCCCCAUGGUCUUCCAAUGACAUUUGUCAAUGCCAAUAGGACUGCAAUUCGACCAUCCUUUGUUCAUCUCGAUGAGAUUCCUUCUGUUUCUAGAGACAUCGUUCUUAUUAAUCUGUAUGCUCAUUUCCACUUCUUUCCUGUACACAUAUUUAGGUCUCAAGUGAAGCGCAUUAGGCAAGCAAUAGAACGAUUACUGAUACGAUCGCCUGAUGUAAAAAUUGUAAUGAAGGGACCGCACUAUUUUGUUGUAGAUAGAGUAGUCACUACGUUUGGUAGAAUGUGGGGGCCUGUAUAUGACAAAAUUAUCAGACAAGAAUUUGUUGACCUUUAUGACAACGUUAUAUACCUCGAUCUUUGGGACAUGCUCAUUUCUGUUGAGAGUACUGGCGUUCAUCCUAGUGAACAAAUCUUGAAUACGAUGGUCCGCACUUUGUUCGGAUAUGUCUGUACGAAAUGAGGUUAAUCAGUUAUCUGUUUUGACUACCAGUGCCCCUUCUAUACCAGAGAGAUGGUCCGUUCUGUUUGCGCUAGUCCAUUGUAACUGGUGUCCGAAUGAAUAAAACAUGGUCCAAACGGUCAUAUGAAGCCUUGGUUUCGACAUUUGUUGCAAUAGAAAACAAAACAAAAUACACAACUUUCAUGUUAUAUUGAAUCUUCUUACAGCCAUUGAAUACAAAAUUUCAGUUC